AUGUCCUGUAACAGCACCCCCGCGGAGCCCCCGGGGUCCCUGCUGCCCGACGUGAGCAGCAACGCGUCCGCCUCCCAGCCCAGCCCGCUGUCCACCCCGCUCAGGAUAUCGCUGGCCAUCGUGAUGAUGGUGAUGAUGGUGGUGGGCUUCCUGGGCAACACGGUGGUGUGCAUCAUCGUGUACCAGCGGCCGGCCAUGCGCUCGGCCAUCAACCUGCUGCUGGCCACGCUGGCCUUCUCGGACAUCAUGCUGUCCCUGUGCUGCAUGCCCUUCACGGCCAUCACCCUGGUGACCGUGCGCUGGCACUUCGGGGACCACUUCUGCCGCCUGUCGGCCACGCUGUACUGGUUCUUCGUGCUGGAGGGGGUGGCUGUGCUGCUCAUCAUCAGCGUGGACCGCUUCCUCAUCAUCGUGCAGCGCCAGGACAAGCUGAACCCGCGCCGGGCCAAGGGCAUCAUCGCCGCGUCCUGGCUGCUGUCCUUCUGCAUCUCGCUGCCCUCGCUCACGGGCUGGACGCUGGUGGAGGUGCCCGCGCGCGCCCCGCAGUGCGUGCUGGCCUACACCGAGCUCCCGGCCGAGCGCGCCUACGUGGUCACGCUGGUGGCGGCCGUGUUCUUCGUGCCCUUCGCCGUCAUGCUCUGCUCCUACAUGUGCAUCCUCAACACCGUGCGCAAGAGCGCCGUGCGCGUGCACAACCGCUCCGACAGCCUGGACCUGCGGCAGCUCCGCCUCCGCGCCCGCCCGCGCCGCCGCCCGCAGCUCAGCGUCGACCUGAGCUUCAAGACCAAGGCCUUCACCACCAUCCUCAUCCUCUUCGUGGGCUUCUCGCUCUGCUGGCUGCCGCACUCCGUCUACAGCCUCCUGUCCGUCUUCAGCCGGAGCUUCUACUACAGCUCCUCCUUCUACGCCACCAGCACGUGCGUCCUGUGGCUCAGUUACCUCAAGUCCGUCUUCAACCCCAUCGUCUACUGCUGGAGGAUCAAGAAGUUCCGCGAGGCCUGCCUCGAGCUGCUGCCCCACACCUUGCAGAUCCUCCCCAAAGUGCCUGAGCGGAUCCAGAGGAGGAUCCAGCCGAGCACCGUCUACGUGUGCAACGAGAACCAGUCGGCCGUGUAG